AGGGGGGAAACGGGAGUGUGUUAGGACGAAUCGAUUACUUUGGACUGGCGGAGGCCUAUGAGGCGAGAACCCGGCACCCGAAGCCAGUGCUGAGUCUACGACUUCGCUUGGGAGACGGCCGAGGCCGCCGGGUUCUAGGCGGUCGCGCUGGGGCCGCUCUGAAGGGGCUAAGCCGACCGCCGCUUCAGCCAUGGUUGCGCCCGCCGUGUUGCGCGCUCUGCGCAAGAACAAGACCCUUCGCUACGGAGUCCCCAUGUUGUUGCUGGUUGUUGGAGGUUCCUUUGGUCUUCGGGAAUUUUCACAAAUCCGAUAUGAUGCUGUGACGAUUAAGGUUGAUCCUGAAUUAGAAAAAAAAUUGAAAGCGAAUAAAAUAACUUUAGAGUCAGAAUAUGAGAAAAUAAAGGACGCUACUUUUGAAGACUGGAAGAAUAUUCGAGGCCCAAGGCCCUGGGAAGAUCCUGAACUCCUCCAAGGACGAAACCCAGAAGCUCUUAAGCCUAAGGCAGCCUGAUUGUGCUCAGUUUUUCAAUAAAAUGAUCUCAGGCUGGAGAGAUGGCUCAGAGGUUAAGAGUACUGACUGCUCUUCCAGAGGUCCUGAGUUCAAUUCCCAGCAACCACAUGGUGGCUCACAACCAUCUGUAAUGAGAUCUGGUGCCCUCUUCUGGCCUGCAGGCAUACAUGCAGACAGAGCACUGUAUAUGUAAUAAAUAAAUAAAUCUUUAAAAAAAAUAAAAAAUAAAAAUAAAAAAUAAAAUGAUCUCAACUGGACCUGUACUCCACUAGGAAGAUUCCAGAUCUGUGCAAACCUGGAUGUGAGUAAUGUGAUGGCUGAAAAUUUUGAUUAAAAAGUCAAAUAUAAAUCUAUAAAGACUUUCCAAUCAGUCUACUUGGAAAUGAAAGUAGCAGUGUUGAACACACACACACACAUGCACACACACAUACACACACACACACACACACACACGCAGUAAAAUUGUGACUACUGUUAUCAUAACAUGCCACACAUCCUCUUUUUCUAUCAGCCACUAGUGCAUCUGCCUCGUUUUGGUUUUUGUUGAAAAUCCUUGGCUUGAAUCCAAAUUUUCCCAAUAAAAUUGUGACUUUAUGUUAAACCUAUAAAUAAAUGAUCAUAAUCUA